AUGGCCUUCGGCUUCUCCUCGAACGCGGGGAAUCCCGUGGGUGGAGGUGGAGGUGCCGGAGGCGCAAACAUGGGCCCCGAUCUGGAAACGAUUCAGACCGAAGCCCUUGGGUUUCUGUCGGUCGCCAGCGACGCCACGGUCCGCCUGACCAACUCGUGGUCGUCCGCCCUUCCGGCCCCAACCUCGUCUCUCCUCAGCAUCGCGUCGCGUAAGGGCCUCGUCGCGGCCGCUGGCCCCGAUCAGCUAGUCAUAGCCUCGACCGAGUCCGUCCGUAAGGCGUUCGAGUCUCCGAAAGAAGGCGAUUCCAACGUGCGCGGCUUCGAGCCGCAGCUUCGAGUUCCCAUGUCGAUGCGCAUCGCGCAAGUCGCCUUCACUGCCGACGAAAAAUACCUGAUCCUCUCAGCUGAGUCGGGUGGCGGGCUUGCUGUAUACGAGGUGCAAAGCCUUCUGCAAGGCUCGACGAGCACUGCGUUCGAGCUAUCGACGAAUGGCGAAUCACUGCGAUCUCUGGUCCCCAAUCCGACGACUGACAAGGCCGAGCUGUGCGCCAUCGUGACGAGCAACGGCUCCUUGCACAUGGCCGAUCUCAAUGAAAGGCGGCUGAGCGGCACCCUCAAGAUGCAGGUCAGCUGCGUGAGCUGGAGCACGAAAGGCAAGCAGCUUUGCGCUGGCUUGUCGGACGGCACGAUCCACCAAAUGAUGCCAACAGGCGAGGCCAAGGCAGAGAUCCCGAAGCCCCCUAGCCUGGACAUCGCUUGCCAUGUCUCGUCUUUAACAUGGUUGGAAAACAACCUGUUCCUCGCCAUCCAUACGGCCACCAACGUAACCCCAGCGUCCUCGGUGUACCACAUUAUCACCAGGCAGCCGCCGGCAGCUUUCGCCUUCCAGAAGCUUGCUGACCCCGUCGACCCGUUCGGCUCCGACAAGAUGCCCCACCAUUCCAUCCUUCGGUUGAAGGAUUUCGAGCCGGAUCUCCAGGACCUCCUUAUCGUAUCGUCCACAGCAUCCACAGAGAUUGGCUUGCUAAGCCGAUCCAAGGCGCCUUUAGCAACGGACAAGCCAGCAGAAUCAAUUACUGGCGUUUUCACCACAACGGAGCUGCUAGACGAUACCAAGCGACCCACGCUACCUAUGACAGAAUCCAUGGACGACUCUACGCCUGUCGGGUUCGCCAUUGAUCUUUCUAGCAAGGACAAGGUUUACAAACCUAUCCCGGCGGAUGAGGAGCUUGAGGAGUCUCCAGGCCCUCUUCCAGGACUAUGGGUUCUGACCCACGAAGGUGUUCUUUGCUCCUGGUGGGUGGUGUACACGGAUUCCAUAAAAAAGGGGACAACCUACUCUGGCUUCGCCGCCCUCGAAGGUGCACCUGCUGCCGCUACGCCGAAGCAGUCGGCACCCGCAGCCUCGGCUGGCGCAUUCGGUAGCGCUGGCGGCUCAGCAUUUGGGGCGUCUGCCACACCUGCGGUGCCAGCGUUCGGUGCAUCAUCUCAGCUUGGGCAGAGCACGUCGCCGUGGGGGGCUUCGGCCGCCAAGACGCCAUCCAGCACUGGCGGCGCAACAUUUGGUUCCAGUUCUUUCGGGAGUACACCGUCGGCCGCCCCAGCAUUUGGCAAACCUAGCGCCGUGGGCUUUGGCCAGGCGUCGCAGGUCGGCAUGAGGACAUCGCCAUGGGGUAACUCGCAAGGCGGCUUUUCGGGUUUCGCUAAGGGCGGUAAUAACCAGAGCCCCUUUGGAAGCACAGCCACGGCCAUGCCCUCGGGAGGUGGCUUCUCCAGCUUCGCUAAGCAGUCAGGCUUCGCAUCUGUGGGCGAGGGCGGCGCCGGCUCAAGCAUCUUCGGCGGCGAGAAGAAGCCCACUGUCAACCCUUUCGCAACCAGCUCUGCGAAUGCGGAUACUGCUUUCCCCGCCAAGGAUACCAAGCCGACCGGCGGCCUCUUCGGCUCGACACCCUUUAAGCUGGAGUCGUCAUUCAAGGCGGAUCCGUCCCAGAGCGAGAGCAACGAGAAACCCUCCGCGCCAUCAGGGACCUCGCUGUUUGGCAAUGCGUUUGGUUCGGCCCUUAACGAUGCGAACAGCCAGCCUCGAUCAACCACACCCCCGGCCAAGGACGAGGACAUGGACGCGGAACAGACGGAACAGACGCCGCAGGCCGAACCACCAAAGUCCCUCUUCUCUCCGCAGUCAACUGAAGAGUCGACCACACCGAAAACCACUCCGGCCCCAGGAAGAUUUGGGUUUGCGUCGUCGCCGGCCCAGGCUCCCGGCACAUCUCUCUUUGGCCAGCCAACCAAGUUGGGAAGCCAAAGCACUGGCUUCUCUGGCUUCUUCUCUCAGAGUGCAUCGAAGCCCCCUGCCGAGCCGGAGACGCCCAAGAUCAAGAUUGAGGAGGAUGAGCCUCUUCCCCCGGAUACCACUAGCAAGGCGGCGUACCCUCUCGGAGAGUCCUCAUCCUCUUCAGCGGCUUCGAAUACGGCCAACAAGUCGUUCGAAUCAACGACGCCACCCAAGGUGGAUGAUGCGCCGCUGCCUCCAGACUUUACCGCCGCCACGCCCAAAGCUGGCAAGCUCCCGACAGACGCGCCCUUGCCACCGGACUUUACCAAGGCUACCCAACCAGUUGCCAUACCAAAGGAAGUGGAUGACGCACCCCUGCCUCCCGACUUUGCCAAGCCCUCGAAGCCUGCCGCUGCGGAUGACGCGCCUUUACCCCCUGAUUUUGUUUUGCCCAGCGCACCGUCGAAGGAGGCGUCCGCAAUCCCGUCGGUUCCCGAGGAGGAAGGCGAUGAGAGUGACUUGGGUGAAGACAAUGCCUCGGAGGGCAGUGGUGUGGACGUCGCAAAGGACCUUAGCCCUACGACCAGCGGCCUUUCGCCAACGCCCGGAUUCACGCCUCAGAUCAGUGCCCCUGGAAUGGCAUCCCAGAUACUCGGGCCGAAGAAGCCGGCAGAGUCACAGCUUGGGGCUUCGAUCAUCAGCCGAGAGAGACUGGCAAAUGCCGAAGACCAGUUCCUCAUUCAGCAUCGAAAGCUGAAGGAGAAGCAAGAAGCCGAGGAGACGCAGCCGUUGGUUGACGAGGAAGACGACGAGAUGCAAAAAGUCCUUGCUUCGGAAGUCGAGGGCAAGUUGGACCUCGACGAGUUCAUUGCGCACUCGAACGUGGCGCCACCAGCCAAGGAUAGCAUCCCAUCUCAAGUAGAGGCUGUGUAUCGCGACAUCAACUCCAUGAUUGAUACACUGGGGCUCAACGCUCGCGCUGUCAAAGCUUUCACCAAGGGUCACACGGAGAACCGCAAGGAAGGCGGUCGAUCCAAGGACGACCUGGAGGACCCUGACGAUUGGGUGCUGUGCGAGGUGUCGGAGCUGGGCGAAGUAUUGGAUAUGGAGCUUCACAACGAGCUCGAAGACGGCCGCGUGCAGGACCUCGACCGCGACGACAAGCUGGAUGCCUGUCAAGAUCUGGCGCGCGACAUGCAAAGGCUCCGGGCCAAGCAAGAGGACCUCAAGAGGGUCAUCAUGGCACGAUUGGAUCCGGACCAGGUCGAGCUUGCCAAGACGCUUCCCCUGAGCGCGGAGCAAGCUACGCAACAGAACGACCUGAGACGCGAAUUUGCCAACUUCACGAAGCUCCUCAACCAAGCCGAAGAGGCAUUGACGCUAUUGAAGACGAGGAUUGCAUCAGCCUCAAGCUCAGCUGGUCGUGGAGGCGCCAAUGUACCGACGGUGGAAGCUGUCAUGAGAACCAUCAACCGGAUGACGGCAUUGGCAGAAAAACGCAGCGGCGAUAUCGACGUUCUGGAGACGCAGCUGCGCAAGAUGCGCCUUGGGUCAACGAGUCGCGAAGGAUCACCGAUGGUGACACCGCAGCCCAGGAGGAGCAUCAUGCUGUCUCCAGACUCAACGCCGUCCCGCAACCUGCGACAAAGCUUCUCUGGAAGCGGCAUGUCCCUUGGCGCGACGGCUCGGGCGACGCCACCCCGGCGAAAGGUGAGCGGGUUCAGCCUGGAGGAGAAGGGAGAGUUGAUGGCGAAGAAGGCCAGGCGUCAGGCAGUACUUGGCAAGUUCAAGGAGAGCGUGGAGAAGAAGGGUGUCAGUGUUUGGAACAUGGAGGAUAUUGAAUAG